GCUCACCCCAAUGUGAGCAGCGUGUGAUUGUUUUCCACAUGAGACCCAGUGCAGAUAAAGUACGGUGGGACUAUAUAUCCACAAUGAAGACUUUUUUCCCACUUUAACCGAAAGCAGGGCAGACAGUGAUUGUUGUCCGUCUUCCGGUGUAUUAUGAAGGCGACAUCGUCUCCGCAGGACGUCACCCAUGCAGCAUCACUGCUGGCAUAUCUGAACCAUCAGAGGGAUCGAGGCAUAUUCUGUGACUGUGUACUAAGGCAGGGGCAGAACUCAGAUCAGCUUUACCAUGCACACAGGUGUAUCCUGGCAGCCUCCAGCCCAGUGUUGGCAUCCAUCCUGUCCUCAUCUGGUGCCCUGGUGGAGCUGCGCGAUCCAAGUCUCUCGGACUCUGUGCUGCCGUCCCUUUUGGACUACAUUUAUACCGGGGUUCUUCCGCACCCUCUCAGCAAGCAGGAAUAUUGCAGACUGCUCUCUGCCGCCUGCCAAAUGCAGAUGAAAGAACUGCAGGAUGCUCUGAGAGCUAACUGGCCGCAGAUCCAAGGAAAUGCCACGGAUGAUAAAAAUGCUCCCGUUAUAGUUGAAAUGUACUCAUUUAAAGAGGCAGAAGAUUCUUACAAAAUUGACUUCGAGACCUUCAAAGACCUUCCGUCAUCGACCACAACAUAUCAUUUUCAAAGCCAUGAAACAUCUAGACAGCCGUUACUUAAUGAGAUGUUUCAAGAACCCCGGAUAACUUCAGGAAGCACCGAUGCCAGUCCUGAAAAUGAUGAGAGAAAAAUAAAAAAUCAAUACGUAAAUGGUCACACAAGAACUGAUUUAGCGUCUUUAAAUGAUUUAAAUACUCUCAGUAUUCUUGAAAGUAUUGACACAGACGACGCAGGUGACUACAGACAGGCAACGUUGUUGACCCAACGGGAAUCACUGAGGUCCAAGGAUGACAAAGCUCAGAUGCUCGACUCAUCUGGGGUAGAUGUGCAUCAUUCGCCAAACUUUGCAAAACCAGACAUGACACAGAAAACCCCAGAGGAAGACCUACUCAGUAAAUCUAAGGAAAGAAAGAGAUGCUCUUCCUCUCUGUCAUCAUUGUCACCCCCGUGCUCCGAGGCGGUGCCUGUCAUUUGUCACAGUAGCAGAGCGGCUGCCCUGCAGCAGUCAAAAGUCUCUGUGUGGCCUCACAAUCAAGCAUCUGAGUCUUUUGUCCAGCCUCCUUCCAAAAUCGCCCACUUCUCGCUCUCAUUAGGCAUAGGCAAUGACAACACUGUUGAAGCAAUUACCACUCAGUGCAAAGAUCAAAAUAGAGAACAGAGUCAGAACCCCAGAAGCACUAUAAGGCACACCAGCUGUGCUACAGGCCACAAGGUGGACAAGGAUUACAAUAGCAACAAUGGACAUUUAUUUAAAUUCAAUGACACCUGCAAGAAUGCAUCAAAUAAUAUGAACAAUAGCAAUCAGACUGCCCAUCUGGAUUCCCUGCAAAGCCACACAGAAUAUUAUGGAGAGUAUGUGGUCCAGAAUAAUGACUCAAAAAGAGGCUUAAAGCACCAAAUUGAAAGGGAUUAUGAUCCUGUUCCCUCCAAAAAUCAACACUUUGAUUGUUUUCAAUGUCAAAGAACAUUGCUAACAACUUCAACACAAGAACAAUCGAAACAUCAGGGAGCUGCAGUUUCACUUCUCAUGGAGGUUGAAGACACGGGAAGUGCUUCUCAGUGCGAAGAAUGUCUUGAGGUGGAAGUGAAAAGGGGGCACAGUUACUCCAGUAUGUGUCUGGAUGUAACAGAUGUAAAGAAAAAUUACUGUAAGACAUCCGGACCUGUAACAGACUGGUACACAAAGAUGCACAAAGAUGACAAAAGCAGAAAGGAUAUCUCUAACAGAGUUAGUAGCACACAGACCAAAUUCAGAUUUUUCACAUCACAUCAAUCUGGAUUGGCUAAUGUCACUGACAGUUUCUCUGCUUCUACAUGUGGCGAAGUGCUGGAAAGUAGAAAAAACUCAUCCCCUGAAACCGCGGAGCCAUGUUCCUUUUUAACAGCACCCAUAGACCACAACCUGUCGGGCGCUACGAGGCGCACUGCUCAGCCAAAUCAUUGGCAUCUUCCUCAUCAGGGUGAACGAUGCGACGACACAUCACUUCAAGAUUCAAAUCACAAACCCUUGAAGCCUGCUUCGUCUCCUGAUUCAGAUGAGUUAGGCGGUGAGGUUAAUGCUCCUUUUUCAGCUGAAAGAUCACUGAGUCAAUACUUUUCUACAGAGAUAGAAGACCAGUCGGACAUAAACACCAAACAUGAUGAGCUACCUGUGCCCUGUCAACAUGGACAUGACAAAGAAGUAAAGCAGUUUGUUGGAAUGGACACAGCUGGUGCACAACCAAAUCAGGAUUCCUCUGUAGCCAGAGCUGAGAGGUUAGAUGAGGCUGAUGGACAGAGAGACAUCGAACAAGUAAACCCAUUUGAUAUAAAACCGUCCAAAACAGGAGAUUGCAUUACACAAAACAUUAGCGUGACGGAGGUUUCCAAACCUAAAGAGCUUGAAACUCAGAGCAGCUCCUCUCCAGUUUGCUCACCUCUAAGUGAACCAGACUGCGAUCGAGCCUCAAAGCCAUCAACUGUAUCUGUCUGCAUACCUUCCACCCUUCUAGCCGGCAUGCCAACAGAUAGGUCAGCUCAUCUGUCAUCUCCCAAUCACCAGCCUUUCCAGUGCUCUUUGUGUGAUCGCUCCUUCAGCCAGAGAGGUUCUCUGAACAGACAUGUGCGGAGCCACCUUGGCGUACGGCCCUUCCCCUGCCCCUGCUGCCCGAUGACCUUCUCUCGCCAAUAUCGUGUCACAGAGCACAUGCGUGUUCAUCAGCGUUCUGCCCUGGGAAAUGACUUAUAAAAGUCCUCUGUUAUAAACAAUCAUUAAAGGUCGCAAAACUGGAAUUGAUUAGCAUUUUUACAGUAAAUUAGAAUGCUAAGGAGGAAAAUUGAAAGCUUAUUUGUGGAUGAUGGACUCCUGUCAGAUUUUUAAGGUUUUGAAAACCUCACGUUUCUCAGUUUGUGGCAUUCUUUGGAAUCCAGUGUAAAAAUCUAGCAGCAAAGGCAUUUUUAGCCACUUUUCAUUGUGAUCUUCCCCAGCAGCUGAUGAAGAACAAAUCUGUCCUGUUACAUUUUUAAUUUAUAUUUCUACUACUACAAUUAUUUUUGGCAGCUAUUUUCCUUUGAAGUCCUCUGACAUCAGCAAGAAUUGAUGUCAGCGUUUGUUACCUGACAUGGCACUGCAGAGAGAUGUUGUAAGCCGUUACAUGUAGAACAGAUGCUGGGAAUUUGGCAGCUUCAAUUUUUUAUUUUCCUGCUUCUGACUAAAGCCACAAUUCAGCGGCAAUGUUUGUGUCUGCAGUGUGUUGAAGACUUCAAUGUUCUCACGAGAUAACAAAAUAUGUCCACGAAGUGUUCCUAUCUCCCCCAGUCAUUGAGAACAUAAAAGUCACUUCCCCUUUGCUACAUUUUUUUGGCUAUUACCAGAAAGUUUUUUUUUUUUUUUUUGCAUAGCAAGUGCGUCAAAAUCUAAGAAAUGACAUGGCGGCUUAGUCAAGUAACAGUUUUAGCAUUUUAUUUUAUAUUGUCACACAGAUGUUUGUAUUUAUGUAGCUGAAUCCAUAUAAAAAAAGACAAUGUUAAUAAACACACAAUGUUAAUUUAGCACAAACAAGGUGUUGCUUAUUAGCUGAACAUCCAAGUCAGUGUAGAAUAUGAACUGACAGAUGAAUCAUCUUGCAGUUUUGUUUAUGUCUUGGGAUAUUUCUCCCUUAAAAAGACAUAAAAAGAAAACUUCAGAUAGUGUUAUUUUUUGGGAGGGAGUGGAGAAGGGAGUGUUUCUAAAAACAAGUUUAUUCCUGCACCUUCUUCCAGUAUCCUUCUGUUUAUCCUCUGGUUCUCUGUCUGCCUUAUUUCUGAAGCACAUACAGAAACUUAUGCUGUCAUGAUAAUUUACUGACAUGCAUAAAUAAAACUGUCUGAAGGAAUAGCUUUAAAGACCCCCUGGAAAGUUCAAAGAAGAAUUGAUCAUGACCACUUUUCUGAUUUCUUGAAAGAAACAUUUAAAGAACGUAGAAGGGGUUUAAAACCUCUAAGACACAUCCUUCUUUUCUUCAGCACAUCCUGGAAAUUCAAAGGUAUUCCCAGGAUACCUUGGAAUUUCACAGGUAAGUCCAAGUGAGCUCUUUGUGUGUCCUGGGGUCUCCUCCCAGUGGGAUGUGCCUAGAAAAGCUCCAAAUGAGAGAUACAGAGGCAGCUAAUUCUUGAAAUUACAAAUCUAUUCCUAGGAGUUCUACUGUGAUCUAUCAGUCAAUUUUACUGAGAAAUAUGUGAGGAAUUCGAUUUAUGCGAUCUGUUUCUGUUAGUCCAGUAUGGUGCAUGUCUCUGCAUUUGUGCUGCUGGUUUGCUGUGACACUUCACCUAAAGAAACAAGAGUCAGUCCAGAGGUUCCAGAGUAUUCUGUCUUGUUUAUGCCAAGUUUAUUAUAAUGGGUUUCUUCAAAGUUAACUUGUGGAAUUUACUUUUUUUUUUAUUAUUUGAAGUUUAAAUUAAAAAACACCUCACAUACAUGUAAAAUAAUAAUGUUUCUGCAAAUGAUCAUGAUGUCAACAAUACCCUGCUGACUUUUUAUCCUACUUUGAGGCAUUCCACUUAGGAAAAAAAAAACAACACUUUUUUAGAUUUAUUAAUUUUUUUGGGGGGGAGGGAGUUUGUUGUCCUAUCCUUCUGCUAAGGAUAAUUUAACAUUCAAAUUAAAGAAACACAUGUUUAACUUCACAAUGAAAUUCUUUUGGAAAGCAUUUAUUGAAAUUAUUAGCAGCUUUAAUGGAGUAAUAGUCUACCUGCUUAGGCCUGCCUGGCUUUCUUUCUGCUACUUUAUUGCCUUCGAUUGUUAUAGACCUCAUACCUCCCACUGUACUUGUAUUGUAUGCCAUUCACUGAAUAUGUGAGCUUGUGUAGUUAUAGGAUUUUUAUAAUUUCUUUACAGAAAACAUCACUCAAGUCCUGAACUGUCAAUAAAAUGAUGAUCCCUUUUUGACAUGGGAAUGUGUUUACUUAGCAUCUAGAACAUCAGGUCGCAAAAAUAUGUCAGUUGCAUUGUAAUAACUACUAUGAAGAAGUAUGCUUAAAGUUGUUGACUUUGGAGUUACAGAUCUGAGCAUAACUCAUGCCCAUUGCCAGAAUCAGGUACGGCAGCUUGACACUAAAUAUCAGGUUGAAGUUCCAUUGACAUUGGGAACAAGUAUUUCUGAAGAAAAUAUUUGUAUGCAACAGUAAGAAAAUGUCAACUCAAGAAAUGUUACCAAAUCAGUUUCGUUAUGGGAUGGCCUGUGUCAGCUUUUGUGAAACUUGUAGUGCGUUGUAACAUCUGAGGUUAGUAGCCACUUAUAACAGUUUGUUUUUUUCUAAGUUUGUUGCAUCUUUGGAAACAUGGUUGCAAUGACAACUGCUUGUUUGCCUUUUUGUGUAGUUAAUCAGAAGUGCACGUCUAGUACAAUGAUAUACAUUUACACACCCUGAAACAGUGUAAGGAUUACACUGCAAACUGAACUUCUUAUGUGACUUCUAAAAGUACGGCCUCAUAAUCUGAGGGUUUUGAAGAGACAUGGGUGCAUAAGCACAUGACUCCUUUUCAUUUCACAAAGCAUCUCAGGAUCUUGAACAUUUUUAUAGAUGCAGCAUAAAAUCUUGAAACAAAUCAGGUUACUAAACAGGAGCGCGAAACAAUACGAAUAGAUAGUCCCCGUAGCUGAUGUAUUAUUUGUAAAUUACCUAUGAAUUACACAUUAAGUUGUUACCACCUGGAACUAAUAGGCACUAUGUAUUUUUCUGUGUCUUGCUCACAGUGCUGACAAUGUCCACACAGUUUGACUGUUGCAAUCAUUGGUUUAGCUGGUUCAGAUGACGCAAAAAUAAGAUGAACUUCAGGCUGCAGCUAUAGGGGCAGCAGCUUGCUACCACUGCUGAGCUGCAAAGCUCAGUGUUUAUACUUUACUGCCAGAUCAUUUCUGGCAGUAAGACACAGGACUCGCCACACCACACAUUAGUUGGAUUAUUUGUAUUGUGUUCUCUACUGUCAGAGAGAAAGCCCAAUAUUUGAACAUCUAUUAAUAGAUGAGAGAUUCUUUGUGUUGCUGCUUGAUUUGCGAAAGUUUGGACCUUCUUCACUUUUCAUUCAACUGGUGCUUCAGCUCCCGUCGCCGUCAUCACCACGAUGGCCUGAACAGAAGAGAAAGAGUGCUUGAUUUAAUGGCAAUUAAUGUUGUACCUAUGUUUUCAGUAAGACAAAUGCUUCUCAUACUUUUAAUCAGUGAUGAAGUAUUAUAUCAUUAUAUCAGUGUCAUAAUCUGAUUAUAAUGCUUAAUCUCCAAAUAAAAUCUGUCUGAAGGAU